CUUAGUUCCUGCUUCCUUCCAUCUUCCUUCCCUUCAAGUCAUCAUACCACAAACAGCGUCUUCCAGGAAGGUCAUUCAUCCUCGACAACCACGCCGUUACAGCUCUUGAAUACGCUCGUUCUUUGGAUACAGCCAGACAAUUUGAUCUCCUGUCAUCCUAGAUCAACAUAUUCAGGGUCUUCGACGUCAAAUCCGCGCAUUUCAACACGACUACUUCACGCCAAUACCAAGCAUCUGCCUUCACUAGUUCCGACCGACAUCCUAUAUCAUCCGCAAGAUGUCUGACUAUCAGAUCUCCGAAGAGGGCUGCCCACUGUGGAACAACGGCUUUCGAUGCAAGGCAAGUGAGACCACAGGCUGUCCUCAUAUCCAUGACAACUUCCUCCGCAAAGAAGCCCAGGAGAAGAAGAUAUUGGAAGACUUGAAGAAGAAGAAGGAACAAAAGCUGGCUGUUUCGCGCUCACAGCUUCAAGGCCAGUACAACAACGUUCUUGCUCCCAACACCCCCACCGCCAACCGGGCCAAGCAAAUCACUUCCGUCAAGGUUGCCAACACCGCCCAGGUCAACUCCAGGAUCAAGUCCAUCAUCAAACAGACAGAUAACCAGGUCCAACGCUCAGCCCCUGCAACCUUCAACUCGGAUAUUAUCUCUUCCAUGGUCGCGAAGAUUAAUAACCUGAAGGUUGAUCAUGUCACCGUCACCAAAUUCGAGACUGUUCAUCGCUUGAACUGGGCCACGGUCAUCUACUCCAAGCCGAAUGCCCAAUUGGCCAGCAAAUUCCCGAAGUCCAGCAAUUCAGUCUGCAGAAAAUUUCUUGUGGGAUUGUGCCAGAGAGGCGUUGACUGUCGUUACUCGCACCUUGUGCCAUCUCCAACCAAUCCUCAAGUUCCUUGGCCUGGAGUUGAGCAUGAAAAGUUUUCCCCAGAUUGGGAGUGGGAUGUUGUUAUGACAGCGAUGGGGCCAAAGUAUGUCCAAGUUCGAACAUGCCCCCCGCCCAAGUACUCCUGGGACGUUUACAACAAGGAUGCUCUCGUUGAGGAUCAACAACUAGAGGAAACCUAUGCUGCCACUGCAUCCAAGGGUGUUCUUUCUCAGGUUGCUCCUCUCAAGGUCCAACACUCGAAGACACCUUCCCAAGCUUCGGCUGGGACAUCUUUUCAAGAAUCUGUCAAAUCGAGCGAGAAUUCUUGGGACACUCCUCGCCGUUCGUCAGCUACGAAGACCCGACUCUCCGAUGUUGGCCGAUGGACCUUGGAGACUCAGAAGCCGAAGCUCGCCUUGGCCCCACCUGCCGACAAGGCUCCUGGCAAUGCAAGUUUUCACCGUUUCCAAGAGCUGCCAGCCGAACUUCGCAUCAAGAUCUGGAAGAUGGCUAUGAAGGACUAUAGAAACACUGCUAGAGUCGUCUGGAAGUGGGAUGACUACCACAUGGGCAAUUAUUACAACAGCAGACUCGAGCCACGAACCCGUGCUCCACCAUUCCUCCAUGUCUGCAAGCAGGUUCGCGACAUCGCUGGACAUUACCAUUUCGAGAAAGUCUUCGGCACCAUGCAGUCCGGUCCUGAGACAUGGUUCAGUUUCGAAAACGACCGCCUCUUCCUCCAAACUCCCUCCCCUCUUCAGCUUGUCAAGAUGGCCCAGCAGAUCAUCGCUCGUGAGCGCAAGCUUGUCUCCUACCUCACGCUCCCUCUUCGCGACUUUGUUCACAACCCGAUCGGCUUUGUUCAAGUCGUCACGGGCUUCCACAACUUGAAGCACUUGCAUCUCGUCGCUUCUACCGCCUGGGAGGAUAGGCGCUGGACUUGCGACCCGGGAAUGAUCCCGAAGGUUAAGCGAGCCCUCAAGAAGGACUGGGUUCGUCGCCAGACUAAAUAUCGACCUGAUGACAUGCUCAACGUCCCAGGUGUUUGGAUCGACUCCGUUAGCCCUGUUGAGGCUAAGGCUUAUGGUGUUGAUGGCAUUCAAUGGGGCGCCAACGUUCGUCAUGACGAGCGGUUGUGGGUAGGGAACUGAGGUUC